AUGAUUGGAAACGCUCAAAUUAACCAGGUGGGAGCCUUACAGCACCGGUUCCCCAAACUCCACAAUCCUUACUUAACUGCGGCCGUGGCCACCAUGGGUGGCCUGCUUUUCGGCUUUGAUAUCUCGUCUGUUUCUGCCUUUGUCGACACCAAACCCUACAAGGAGUACUUUGGGUACCCCACCUCCAUCCAGCAGGGCGGUAUCACUGCCUCAAUGGCCGGUGGAUCCUUCCUGUCGUCUCUGGUGGCCGGCUGGAUUUCCGACCGACUUGGUCGACGUUUCGCCAUCCACUUUGCUUCCUUUUGGUGGGUGGUUGGAGCUGCCAUCCAGUCCUCAGCCCAAAACAAGGGCCAAUUGAUCGCCGGUCGACUCAUUUCCGGCCUUGGUAUCGGUCUGGGCUCCUCGGUUAUCCCCGUCUACAUCUCCGAGCUGUCUCCCAAGAAGAUUCGAGGUCGGCUUGUCGGUCUCUUCCAAUGGGCCGUUACCUGGGGUAUCCUCAUCAUGUUCUACAUUUCCUUCGGUCUCAGUAACAUCCACGGAGUCGCCGGAUUCAGAGUCGCCUGGGGUCUGCAGAUCAUCCCCGGUCUGCUCAUGUCUCUCGGUUGUUUGUUCCUGGAAGAGUCUCCGCGAUGGCUAGCCAAGCAGGACAACUGGGACGAGUCCGUGCGAGUGCUUCGAGCCAUCCACCAGGGAGGCUACGGCACCGAAGAAGACAUUUUGUUAGAGAUUGAAGAGAUCCGAGAAGCAGUCCGAAUCGAGCAUGAGACCAAAAACCUGCGAUUCUGGCACCUGUUCCAAAAGGACUCUAUCAACCGAACAAUGGUGGGUAUCUGGGCCCAGAUCUGGCAGCAGCUCACCGGCAUGAACGUCAUGAUGUAUUACAUUGUGCUGAUUUUCACCAUGGCUGGAUACACUGGAAACGCCAAUCUGGUGGCCUCGUCUAUCCAGUACGUCAUCAACAUGAUCAUGACCAUCCCCGCUCUUCUGUUCAUUGACCGAGUGGGACGACGACCCCUGCUGCUGUUCGGAUCAAUCGUCAUGAUGAUCUGGCUGUUUGCCGUCGCUGGUAUCCUUGCAGUGUACGGAACUCAGAUCCCCGGUGGACUCGACGGAGACGCAUUCACAACCAUUGUCAUUGAGCCCACUCACAAGCCUGCCCAAAAGGGAGUCAUUGCGUGCUCGUACCUGUUUGUGGCCACCUUUGCGCCUACCUGGGGCCCCGGUAUCUGGCUGUACUGCUCCGAGCUGUUCCCUCUGAAGCAGCGAGCUGUGGCUGCCGGUGUAACCGCCUCUGCCAACUGGAUCUUCAACUUUGCUCUCGCUCUAUUCGUGCCCUCGGCCUUCAAGAACAUCAACUGGAAGACCUACAUCAUCUUUGGAGUCUUCUGUAUCGUCAUGACCAUCCACGUCUUUGUCCUCUUCCCCGAAACCAAGGGCAAGACCCUCGAAGAGAUUGAUAUGAUGUGGGCCGCCCGAGUUCCUGCCUGGAGAACCGCAAACUGGGUGCCUGACCACGUUCCUGGCGCCCUUCCCGAAGACGAGAAACACUCGGAGGAGAUGGUCGAGGCCGUCGAAUCCAAUGAAGAGGAGCCCAAGAUAGCCAGUGCUAACGUCGACGCCCCUCCCUCUCAAUUGUAA